AUGCCCGGCAGCUCAUGCCUGCCAUGCUGGCGCGGAGGGCGAUGGGGGGAAUUGGGAGAGGGCGGGGCGGGGUCAGACGGGAGUGAAGGGAGACGAGGGGAGAGGGGGGAGAUGAGGGGAGAGCGGGACCCGAGGCCGGUGAGUGGCACACAGCAGGCUGCAGGGCGCGUGCAGAGCGCGCCGAGCCGAGCAGCGGCGCGGUACAGCCGGCAGUCCGCCAUUCCGCGCGUCGCUCCAACCCUCACCGCAUCUGCCGCCAACGGCCUCCCCGCCAUGCGCUCGCCCCCGCGACUCACGCUCCCCAUCGCUGCUACCGAGUCGGCGCGCAGCUCGUCCAAUCGCAACAACACUCCCCCUCCCUCCCUCCCGACCCGACCCGAGCUCAUCACCCUCGAGUUCAAAACUGGCAUCAGUCAGUCACAGCAGAGCAGCAGCACUCGAUUUCACUUCAUCCCAUCGCAGCUUCUUCGAGAGAUUCAAACAUCCACAAUGGCUGCUCUUGCCAACGCUGCUGUGCUCCCGUCCACCUUCGUCGGCCAGAGCGCUGAGCUCGCCGCAAAGGUGAACAAUGUCGAGGCCCGCGUGACGAUGAGGAAGACCGCCAAGGCGGCUUCCAGCAGCGCCUUCUACGGCCCCGACCGCAACCUGUUCCUGGGCCCCUUCAGCUCCCCGCCGUCGUACCUCACCGGCGAGUACCCCGGCGACUACGGCUGGGACACCGCCGGUCUGUCCGCUGACCCCGAGACCUUCGCCAAGAACCGCGAGCUGGAGGUCAUCCACGCUCGCUGGGCUCUGCUCGGCGCGCUCGGCUGCCUGACCCCCGAGCUGCUGGCCGGCAACGGCGUGAACUUCGGCGAGGCCGUGUGGUUCAAGGCCGGCGCGCAGAUCUUCUCCGAGGGUGGCCUGGACUACCUGGGCAACCCCAGCCUGAUCCACGCGCAGUCCAUCCUGGCCAUCUGGGCCACCCAGGUCAUCCUCAUGGGUGCCGUCGAGAGCUACCGCGUGGGUGGCCUCGAGGGCUUCCAAGAGGUUGAGGACCCCCUGUACCCCGGCGGUGCCUUCGACCCCCUGGGCCUGGCCGACGACCCCGAUGCUCUUGCUGAGCUGAAGGUGAAGGAGCUGAAGAACGGCCGCCUCGCCAUGGUGUCGAUGUUCGGCUUCUUCGUGCAGGCCAUCGUCACCGGCAAGGGCCCCCUGGAGAACCUGAGCGACCACCUGGCUGACCCCACCGUCAACAACGCGUGGGCCUAUGCCACCAACUUCACCCCUGGUGCUUAG